AUGCAAUCGUCGGAGGGUUCGCCAGAUAUGAUGGAUCAGAAAUACAACAGCGUCCGGCUGUCGCCAGCUGCAUCCAGUCGCAUUCUGUACCAUGUGCCAUGCAAGGUCUGCCGGGAUCACAGCUCUGGCAAGCAUUACGGCAUCUAUGCUUGCGAUGGCUGCGCGGGAUUCUUCAAGCGCAGCAUCCGACGCUCACGCCAGUACGUGUGUAAGUCACAGAAGCAGGGAUUCUGCGUCGUGGACAAGACACAUCGUAAUCAGUGCCGUGCCUGCCGCCUGCGCAAGUGCUUUGAGGUGGGCAUGAACAAAGAUGCAGUGCAGCAUGAGCGCGGGCCACGUAACUCAACGCUGCGCCGUCACAUGGCCAUGUACAAGGAUGCUAUGAUGGGCGCCUCAGAUCUGCCGCAGAUACCACCAGAGAUACUCAUGAAUACAGCUGCAUUGACUGGCUUCCCCGGCUUGCCCAUGCCCAUUCCGGGCGUGCAACGUGGCCACCAUCAUGCAGCACUGAGUGCCGCUUUCCAGCCGCCACCGCCCGCUGCCGUACUUGACCUUUCCGUGCCGCGUGUGCCCCAUCAUCCUGUGCACCAGGGUCAUCAUGGCUUCUUCUCACCCACCGCAGCCUACAUGAAUGCGCUGGCCACUCGGGCACUGCCACCGACACCGCCGCUAAUGGCAGCGGAGCAUAUUAAGGAAACUGCUGCGGAACAUCUCUUCAAGAAUGUGAACUGGAUUAAAAGUGUACGUGCCUUUACCGAGCUGCCCAUGCCUGACCAGCUACUGUUGCUGGAAGAGUCCUGGAAGGAGUUCUUCAUUUUGGCCAUGGCCCAGUAUCUCAUGCCCAUGAACUUUGCCCAGCUGCUGUUCGUCUAUGAGUCGGAGAACUCCAAUCGCGAUAUUGUGACCGUUGUUGCCCGCGAGGUGCACGCUUUCCAGGAUGUGCUGAACCAGCUGUGUCAUCUUAAUGUUGACAGCACGGAGUACGAGUGCCUGCGCGCCAUCUCGCUGUUCCGCAAGUCGCCGCCAGCUGCUAGCUCGACAGAGGACCUGGCCAACAGCUCUAUUCUCACUGGCAGCGGCAGCCCGAACUCCAGUGCCUCAGCUGAGUCUCGUGGUCUGCUGGAGUCCAGCAAGGUGGCGUCCAUGCACAAUGAAGCCCGUAACGCGCUCCAUAACUACAUUUCGCGCACGCAUCCCAAUCAGCCGCUGCGCUUCCAGACGCUGCUCGGCGUCGUCUCGCUGAUGCACAAGGUGUCCAGCUUUACUAUCGAGGAAUUGUUCUUCCGCAAGACCAUCGGCGAUAUUACCAUUGUGCGGCUUAUUUCGGACAUGUACAGCCAACGUAAGAUCUAAGGCCCAGUCUAAGUUGAAUUGCAUCGAAAUCGGAAGGACUUGUAUUGCCGUCGGCAAGACCGCGUCCGCGCACUUGAAGUGCCUUCGUAGUGCUGGAAACUGUGAUAUCUGAAAGUUUGAUUGGAGUUGAGGAGUUGGGAAGUUGGGGUUACACUGGCUGCGACAGUGACAGUGACCAUUGGACAAUAUUCAACAGUGAACUGCUGCAGAAAGCUUACAAAUCUCUCGGAUCUGAGCCUUAAAAUGUAUUCGUUAUACGUAAAUCUAUUU